GUAUUGUAUCGAGUCAUAUUACGAUCUCGAAUUUUUGUUAAGGACAGUGACGACUCGUAGCGGAGAGUUUGGAAUUAUAUUUUGAAAUAAUGGACGAAAAUCAAGACACCUUUUGUUUUAAAAUAGUAAAAGAUACAGCAGCUUUUUUUCAAUAACAAGCCAAAUAUAUGAUGAGCUUUGUCUGUAUCGAAUUUUUGAAUACUGAAAAUAAUCGAUCUUUUAACAAGAAGCAAGAAUCGAAUAUCGAUUCAUCGAUCGAGUAUCAGUCACUUCCGUUACACAUGUUCUAAGUUGUCGUUUGCCGCGUUUUAUGCUCGUUCGAUCUGCAUGUUGUGUCAUACUCAAUCCAAGUUGAAAACACUCCGGUAAUUUUAUCUUCGUAGAGGACAUGGAUGCAGACGGUUGUUUAUUAACAUGCUCUGCCACGGUUGAAUGGUUAAACGCCCAAGGAUCUAUUUUACGAAAAGUAACUCACAGAACGGCCUCCUUGCGUCUGAUCCGGGAUAAUAAACGUGAAAUGUUCAUCGAAAUCUAUGCAGACAAGGCCAAUGGUCGAAUGAAAUUAUCCUUGAAAGGUAUAUCAGUAUUUAAUAAAUUUAUGACUGAGGGGAAAGCAUCGAUCAAGUUCAAGGAACAGAACUGCACAUUGUUUCUGUCAAAUGCACCAUCCUCUCAGUUGAUAAGUUUCUUGAAGGCUAUAUUCAUCAAGCUGACAGGUCAAAACGAAAACGUGUUGAAAAAUCCCUUAAAAGAGAAGCUUCUCAGUAAUAUGCGAUCAGAUGGUGCUAAUGACAUUAGUCCAGCUACAAGCACAGAGAUCAACAGGGCCAAAGAUAAAGCCUUGGCUGUGUCGCGCAAGACAGAAACUACUCCGUCACCAAAUUCUAUUAAGAAGCGGAAGCGUUUUAGUGACAGUACUUCUAAAGUACCUGUUGUAAAGAAACUGUACGAUAAUCCUACUGUGGGAGAGUUGACUGAGGAGCAAAACAUGAUUUUAAAUGCAGUACUCAACGGAAGGAAUGUGUUCUUUACUGGAAGUGCAGGUACUGGGAAGUCAUUUCUAUUAAGGAAGAUAAUCUCAGCCCUUCCUCCAGAUGUGACGAUAGCUACAGCGAGUACUGGAGUAGCAGCUUGUCAUAUAGGUGGAAUCACCUUACAUCAAUUUGCUGGUAUUGGUCUAGGAACUGGCACUAUGAACAGGUGUCUUCAAUUGGCUUCACGAGCGGCUUCAUCUGCUGUAUGGAGAAAAACAAAGCACUUAGUAAUAGAUGAAAUCUCUAUGGUAGAUGGCGACUUUUUUGAUAAAAUUGAGGCAGUUGCAAGAUAUGUGCGCAAGACAGAGAGACCUUUUGGUGGAAUACAGUUGAUUUUAUGUGGUGACUUCUUUCAACUACCACCUGUAUCCAAGAACAACGAUGAAGCAAAAUUCUGUUUUCAAAGUGAGGCAUGGGAAAAAUGUGUUCAUUUUAACUAUGAGCUGCAGACAGUUCACAGGCAAAAGGAUGAAGCGUUUGUAAGGAUAUUGAAUAAUAUUAGGAUAGGUAGAGUCACGGAUGAUAUCGUAGAUACUUUGAAAGAAACAGCAAAACAAAAGAUUGAAAGUAAUGGAGUAUUAGCAACCAGAUUGUGUUCACAUGUUAAGGAAGCUGAUGAGAUUAAUGAAUUUCAACUAAGUGAACUUAAAGGUGAGACUAAAGUAUACACAGCGUUAGAUUCUGAUAAUUCUAUGGCACAUGUAUUAGAUCAGCAGCUAGCAUCUAUACCUAGUAAAUUAAUAUUAAAAGUUGGUGCUCAAGUUAUGUUAUUAAAGAACGUAAGUGUUACUAGUGGAUUGGUAAAUGGAGCUCGAGGUGUUGUUACCGACUUCAAAAAUGAUAUACCGGUAGUUCAGUUUCGGUCUGGAGCUCAAUAUGACGCAAAGAUGGAAAAAUGGAGUAUUAAAGCCAGUUCUGGUGCUUUGGUGCACAGAAAGCAAGUUCCAUUAAAAUUAGCUUGGGCCUUCUCAAUUCAUAAGAGCCAGGGCUUAACUUUAGACUGUGUAGAAAUGUGCCUGUCAAGAGUGUUUAAUGCUGGCCAAUCAUAUGUGGCACUUUCUAGAGCUCAGAGUUUACAAAGUUUACGUAUUUUAGAUUUCAAUAGUCACCAAGUAUGGGCCAAUACAGCUGUACUUGAAUUUUAUAAAAAGUUCCGAAGAAAUUUGCAGGAAAUGGAAAUGAUUCCACUAGGCAAGAAAAUAAAAUUAAAGAAAUAAUGAAUACUUUUAUAUUUCUCAUAUUUAAUCUUUUUUCUGUAUGUGAUUUGUAGGAAGUAAACAUAUUUGUUCAGCAAACACGUGAAAGUACAUAUGGGUGACAUAUAUCGAUAUAGUUAUAUUAUUAUA